GGUUCUAGCCUUGUAGUUUCGUAAGCAACGGUAGAUUUUCAAACAGCUGUAAAUUCUGUAUUUUGCAAAAUUCAAAAGCAAAUUUAUAGGUUAUACACUAUAAUACAGUGAACGGCCAUGAACAGUUGCAAUAAUUAAUAAGAAUUGAACAAUAAUUUGGAUUUUGCAUUUUUACCAAGAAAUAGAAAUUUUAUAAUCAGUUUCAAACUUCUUCAGUUUGGUAUUUAUGUAAGAGCUGGAAUCAAUUUCAAACUUUAAGUUGCCGACUAUUGAAAGGGCUAGAAUCAGUAAGCAUUGAUCUAAAAUGUCCAUCAAGAAUGCUCUCUCAAAACUUCCACCGGUAAAUAGACUGUACAAGUUUGAUAAGCCUACCAUCUUGGACUCAGACCUGUACAAAAGAUUGCCGGACGCCUACAAGAAGUUCUACAAAGAAUGGCGGAUGACCUUGCCCAGUCCAGUGCAUUAUGUACCCAAGCAAGGAAAGUGGGAGAAGAAUCCUAAAACUGGCGUAAUUACACCGGUACAGAACAUCCCGAUACUGCCAGUGUUUCCGCGGGAGUCGAACCAGGGUCUGUGGGGCGGCGAAGGCGUGGUGAAGGGCUACGUGAAGCCGGGCAAGUAUGCCGAGAAGUCGGUCAAACUGUGGUUUCCCAUCCUGAAGCGAUCGGUCAUCCACAGUGAGGUGCUCGACAAACGUAUGACCACAAUCGUCACUCAGCGCACCAUCGAUCUCAUUAUCGAUCAUCAUGGUCUCGAUCACUACUUGCUAAAGACUCGAGCGUGUGAUAUCCAGUCAGAGUUGGGCUUGAAGUUGAAGAGAAAGAUCCUGAUGGCGUUGUUCUACAAAACCCUCUACAAAGAUGAUCCUAUAAAACAGGAGGAGAUCUACAAUAAGUACAAACACUACUUGAAAGAU